AAGUCUGCGUGUCGUGACGUUCGGCUGCGGUUUGUUUUCUUGGAACGUACUAAGAAUAAGAGUGGAGGGGGGGAGGAGGAAGAAGAAGGCAAAGAAGGGCGGAGCCUCUCCAUAAACAAUCCCUAAAGAGGAGUACGUGGAGCCGUCGUACUUUAAUUGGGUGCGGCGGGGGGGAGAGUAAUCUUGGUUUGCUCCGAGAGUGUGGUCUUUGGAGUGUCCCCCCCUUUGGUCCUCAGUUGGUCCGGUCCGAGGAUGAAGGUGUUCGCCAGGAGACGCCAGGAGUUUAUCACACGAAGGAGAUCGGGCGUUUAUCCCAUGAAAAUCCUGGGAAAAUCACGUGUUGGUGAGGAGCAGCUUGGAAAUGUGAAAUAAAUCCCUGUACAGUUUUUGUGACAACCUCUAAGGCUGCUAUACCUCUGGCUUAAGAGAGCAGCUUAGCUGUUUACCUUUGCAAAAGCCAAGAUGAACUGUCGUUCAGAGGUGCUGGAGAUAUCAGUCGAGGGUCGCCAAAUUGAAGAGGCUAUGCUGGCUGUGUUACACACAAUACUGCUCCAUCGCAGCACAGGGAAGUUCCAUUACAAGAAGGAAGGAACCUAUUCUAUUGGAACAGUCGGCACACAAGAUGUUGACUGUGACUUCAUUGAUUUCACUUACGUCAGGGUCUCUUCAGAAGAGCUCGACCGGGCAUUGAGAAAGGCUGUUGGGGAGUUCAAGGAUGCGCUGCGGAACUCAGGCAGUGAUGGCAUGGGACAGAUCUCUCUGGAGUUCUAUCAGAAGAAAAAAUCACGAUGGCCAUUCUCUGAUGAGUGCAUCCCUUGGGAAGUUUGGACAGUCAAAGUGAAUGUGGUGAGCCUGGCUAAUGAACAGGAGCGGCAGAUCUGUCGGGAGAAGGUGGGUGAGAAACUCUGUGAAAAAAUCAUCAAUAUUGUGGAAGUGAUGAAUCGACAUGAGUACUUGCCCAAGAUGCCUACACAGUCUGAGGUGGACAAUGUCUUUGAUAUAGGGCUGCGGGAUGUCCAGCCCUACCUCUACAAGAUUUCUUACCAGAUCACUGACUCACUUGGAACCUCUGUCACUACCACCAUGCGGCGCCUCAUCAAAGACACCCUGGCACUUUGAUGUCAAUGCAAUGCUGAAUCUGACAUUAUUGGGAAGCAAUAUGAACAAUUGGCUUUCUGCCCUCACCAAGUCCCUAAAUUAAACCAGCUAUUCUCCUAGAAAAUCCAGGAGUAUUUAUAUCCCGGUGCCCUAUUCUGUUUCAUGAGCUCCACGGUCCUUUCCAGACAAAGAUGAAACUAGCCUUAUGCAUCAGCUCUCUACAUCUCAGCUUUUCUCACUUAUAAUAGGAAAUUAAAACUAGGAAGCCUUCUUGAGUCUUCUUUUCCAUUAGUCUUAGCUCCAUUAAAUGAAUUCCAGUAUGUAUCUUUAUAGGAAAAAUGGGGUGCAUGUUUCAUGAGUCUUUUCCUAAUGUAAUCGCUGAUCAUUCCAAGGCUGGUGCUCUUUGUGAGCCCUAAAACUUAGUUUAGACCAAAUGCCUUGAUUUUAUGAUUAUGGGAUCUUUUGCAUAUGGAAAUCUGAUAAAUUCGGAUUAUCUUCCAUGGUAAAAUGUACGCCUUUCUUGCUGAUAACAUACCCUUUUUCUUUGAUCCGCUGUUGGCUUUAGGACAGUUAAUCUGAUUAAAAGACCACUGUCUCUUGUUUGCAUGAAUUCCAGGGCAGCCACAUGUAAACGACUCAGAGCCCAUAUUAUUAUUGUGACUCAGUUUCAGGAAGGAGCCAUUUCAGCACAUCUCAAAGCCACAGUUUCUGUUUCUUAAUAGAGUUUGGAAGGGGGAGCUUGCAUUUCUAGAGGAUCUAAAGAUUCUCCGUGUCUUGUGUAUGUUUUUCCUUUGUAGAUUAUAUAUUAAAAUAAUUUGAGAAUUAAACAAAAAUCUAAAAACA